AUGCUGUCGGCAAUAUCGUGGGUCCCGCGCGGGGCGGCGAAACCGUUCCCCAAAACAGCGGAGCUCGACGAGGAGGAGGUCGCAGAGGUGCGCCGCCGGGCAGAGGGCGCCGCCGCCGCCGCCGCCGCCGUCGCUGGCGGCGCUGGCGGAGACGCCGACGCUGAGGACGGCGAGGAGAAUGACGAAGACGCUGCGAUGGAAGAGGAGGAAGAGGAGGAGGGUAGUGAGGAGGAAGGGGAGGCGGACGGAGAGGAGGCAGCGGCGGCGGCUGCGGCAUUGGCGGCGGAGAUUCGGAAGGCGAAGAAGGGCCAAUCGGCGGAUGACAGGCUGGCAGACGAGCUUGCUGAGCUGGACAUGGACCACUACGACGACGAGGCCGACGCGGCGCCGAAUCUGUUCGGCACGGGGAAAGGCGUCGGCGCGGCGUAUUACCGAAGCAACGACGAAGACCCGUACCUGACCAAAGCGGAAGGUGCGGAAGACGAGGACGACGAGGACGAGAUCGAGGAUCUCACCAUACGCGAUACAGACUUGCUCAUUCUCGCGGCGCGGAACGAGGAUGACGUCAGCUUCAUCGAGGUAUGGGUGUGCGAGGAGCAGCAGAAGCGGGAGGAGGGGGAAGACGGCGAUGACGUGGCACAAAACGACAAGGAGCUCAACAUGUAUGUGCACCACGACAUCAUGCUUCCCGCCUUCCCGCUCGCUCUCGCCUGGAUGGAUUUCAAUCCCUCCGCCGCCGCCGCCGCCGCCGCUUCCAGUUCUUCCGCCGGCGCGACCGCCGCCGUGAUUGCCGCCGCGGGAGCCGGCGCGAGCGUCCUGGCGCCAGGAAACUUCGUGGCAGUUGCGACGAUGGACCCUGCUAUUGAAAUUUGGGACUUAGACGUUCUAGACGAGGUCGAACCCGCCGCGUCUUUAGGAGGCUUUGUGACUACAGCGGGCGGUGCGGGCGGUGAUGCGGAAGAGGAGGAGGAGGAGGAGUGGGAGGAAGUGGAGGAGGAGAUGGAAAUGGGCGGCGGGGGUUCAGGGUCUAAGAAGGGUUCAAAGGGCAAGAAAGGGAAAAAGGACAAGGGCGGAAAGAAAGGAAAGAAGGGCAGAGAGCGUGAGCAGGAAAAGCGUGGAAGCAGCAACAAAAAGGGAAAAAGUCAAGGAAAAUCAUCAGCAGCGGCAGUUCUGAAGGAGGGGAGUCAUAAGGGGGCGGUGAUGGCUCUGUCAUGGAACCGUGAGUACCGCAGCGUGCUGGCGAGUGGAGGGGAGGACCGGCGGGUGAAGGUGUGGGACAUGGCGGCACAGCGCUGUGAUCGCACGCUCAAGCCGCACACGGGAAAGGUUCAGGCCGUGGCGUGGGCGCCUCUACACGCCACAAGUCUGCUGUCGGGCUCUUUUGACCGCUCCCUCGCCCUGCGCUGCGAUCGAACGCUCAAGCCACAUACCGGCAAGGUGCAGGCUGUGGCAUGGGCGCCGCUGCACGCCACGAGUCUCUUGUCCGGGUUGUUCGACCGCUCUCUCGCUCUGGUGAGUAAAGGUGUGGUGGGCCAUGGUGGUUCAAGCCGCACACACGGGACAUGUACAAGGUGCAGGCGGUGGCCUGGGCGCCCCUGCACGCCACCAUACUUUGACUUCCCAUGUCUCCCUCCUUUGACCGCUCCCUGGCGCUGGUGGGUGCUCCUGUCUCGUGGUGUUGGUUUGGCUUUGAUAGACGGACGUCCGGUCGCGCGAUGCUACAGUGCUGCGGUGGGGUGUCUCUGCGGUCUUACUUACCCCCUCCCCUCAUGCCCCCAUUCUCCACCACCCCCCCUGCUGCCGCCCUCGGCCCGCCACCCUCUUCCCUCUCAGACGGACGUCCGGUCGCCCGAUGCUACAGUGCUGCGGUGGGGUGUCUCUGCUGACGUGGAGGCCCUCGCAUGGGACCCACACGAAAGCACGCGCUUCGUCGUCUCUUCUGAGGACGGGCUUAUCUGCUGCCAUGACACGCGGGCCGGCAGCAGCAACGCCACUGCCGCCAGCUCGGCGUCGCCAGUUUCGUCUUUUCCGAAUGCCCUCUUCACAAUCCAUGCGCACACCAAGGCGGCAUGCACUGUUUCUUGGAACCCUAAAGUCCCGAACCUACUCGCGUCUGGUUCGACCGACAAGACUGUGAAGCUGUGGGACCUUACGGGGAACCAGGCUCGGUGUUUGGAGUCAUCAAAUCCGAAGCUGGGAGCUGUUUUCUCAGUGGCGUUUUGUGCCGAUGCGCCUGGUUUCCUGGCCAUGGGAGGAUCGAAGGGGAAGUUGAAGAGUCUUCGAGCAAGCACACCAUCGUGCUUUGCCUUCUCUUCUCCGCUCCCCGCGCGCGUCAACCUCCUCUCCGCUCAUCGGCGCUCUGUCUGUCAUGCGUACGUGUGCGUGCGUGCAUCUGUGCGAGCAGGACGCCAAGGCGGUGUCGGCGUGGCAGUGGUGGCAGAUCGCAACGUGGUACACCAUGAAGCGGGGCAGCCAGACGGUGCCCCACAUCCGCUCAGAUCUCCCUUUCUCUUUCUCUUCACUCGUUUGUCGAGUGUUUGCCUGUGUGACCAUUCCGCCACCUCUCCUCUUACAAGUGCCCCUCUUCUAUUUCCGCCUCUGUUUCCCUCCCCUUCUCCUCCGUCUCUCCCUCCUCUUCGCCCUUUCCCUGUUUCCCCCAUAAUCGACCAACAACUACGCACGCAGGCCCUUCCCAUUGACAGCUCAGCGCAGUACCUCGUGCUGACGAGUGCUGACGUGGCGCUGGGGGACCGCGAGAAGGGGUUCUGCGGGCGGUCGGGGUACUGCGGGUUCCACUCGUUCGCCACGGACGGCGUGAGCUACAUCAAAUACGCGUUCAUAGGGGAGAAGUGCGGGACGCGGUGCAUGCGCACAGGAGGCAGAAAAAGAACGCCCAACGGCAAGCGGGGAGUGGAUGGGAUGAUAAGCAUCGUGGGGCACGAAAUGGUCGAGACGGCCAGCAACCCGCGCAUAGAGGGCGGGUGGUACGACGCACUGGGAGCAGAGAGCAGCGACAAGUGCAUGACGGAUUUCGGCCCGUCGGUGUCUGUGGGGGGGGCGGCGGUGGCGCUGGGGGGGAGUGGGUACAGCUAUAAUAUGGUGGGGCAGGGCGGCAUGCAGUGGUUGGUGGAGAGUAACUGGCGACCCGUGGAGCCACAGGGGUACAGCUACACCAUGGUGGCGCAGGGCGACAUGCAGUGGCUGGUAGAGAGCAACUGGCGACCUGUGGAGCCACACGGGUGCGUCAUGGCGCAGUACUGA